AAUAUCUGAGGUCUGACUGUAGUUUAUUAGUCAAAAAUUAGCCAAGUUAAUCAAUUCCCUGUCCGACUGAUGAUUGGAUCAGUUUUAUUGACACUAAUGAUGAAGCGAUAGUCGCUGGUUAAUCGAUAAUCAAUUGGGUGUUGUCCAAUUUAUUAACUGAGGCCUAAAUUGUUACACAAUGGGCUUUGAUUUAAAUAGAUUCCAAGGUGCUGUUGAUGAGGAAUUAAUUUGUCCAAUUUGUUCUGGUGUUUUAGAAAAUCCAAUUCAGUUACCUGAUUGUGAACAUGCUUUUUGUCGUGACUGUAUUGUCCAAUGGCUAUCACGCCGACGAACCUGUCCAGUUGAUCGUCUCCAUGUUUCCCCUGACGAUUUAAAACCCGCUUCUAGAAUUCUGAACAAUCUACUUUGUCGACUCAACAUUGAAUGUGAUUACAGUUCAUUUGGCUGUAAAUCUUACCUUAAAUUAGAUCAAUUACCUAAUCAUUGUAAUGAGUGUGACUUUAACCCAGAGAAACCAAGUCCAUGUGAACAUGGUUGCGGCCUUACAAUACCUAAGGAUCAAUUAAAGGAUCAUAAUUGUGUACGUGACAUGCGAAGCAUGGUGGUCAAAUUAAAGGAACAAUUAAAUCUAUUGACUGUCCAGUAUCGAGAGGUUCGACGAGAAGUGGACAAAUUAAAAGAUUGUUGUAGAUCAAUUCAAAGUGUUAAUCCCAAUAUACCAGCGAUCGUUGAAUCGUUUGAACAAGAUGAAAUUGAACGUUGGGUUCAAACGUUACCCAGAGCACGAAUUAAACGUUGGGGUGGAAUGAUGUCCACUCCUGAUUCGCCCUCACAGGAAGCGGUUAGAAAAGCGUUAAUUGACUCUGGGUGUCCGAUUCAUUUGGUCACCGAAUUAAUGGAAAACUCUCAUGAAAGACGAUGGCCACCCGGUCUGUCCACUCUAGAGAUUCGAGCUCGAAAUCGAUUCACUUACAAUAAUUUCGUCUGCCGCAAGAUCCCAGGUCGCCAGGCCGUUGUCGUGAUGAGUUGUGACAAUACACGAAUGAAUCCAGAUAUGCUCUUGGAACCAGGAUUGGUUAUGAUCUUUGCUCACGGGAUCGAGUGAUAAUUAGAACAAUUAAAAUUUAAUCUUUAAUGAUCCAAAUUAUUCUCAUUGUCUAACUAAUCAACUAAAUCAACCACCCUAAUCAUUGUCUCUUUUCAAUUCUCAAUUUACAAUCGUACAAACAUCUAAUCUCCUCGAAAAUUCAUCACUAUUAAUCUAAUUUUUAUAUUUUCUUCUCUCUAAUCAACUUAAUUGUGAUUCAUUCAGUCCCAUGGUAUUGUUAUAACUGAUUGUAAACUUGCCUCUCGACUCAAGAUAAAUCAUCAAUUGUUUUUUUUGUCAAUCAAUUAAUUGUUCUCACUCUUGAUUAAGUGUAUGUAAUUCAAAUUUGAAAUUAUCAUCUCUUAAUUUAAUUAAAUCUUGUACAUAAAAUAAGUAA